UUAAAAAACUUCCGUGCAUUAAUAUUAAAACUUUUGAUGGCCAGAGUGUGAUGGACUAUCACCCAUUUAUAAAUAUGUUCAAAGCUGUCAUUGAUAUGGAUGCAAAAUUGAGCUCCUGCGAAAAACUGUACUAUUUACGGUCGUUUUUGGCAGGAGGAGCUUUAGAUUUGAUAAAGCAUUUAAUGCUUACAAAUGGAAACUAUGAGGUAGCCUUAAAACUCAUUGACGAUAGGUACAACAACAUACCAAAAAUUAUAAAUUUUCAUGUCAACAGUAUUAUUGACAUGCCAGUUUUGACAAAAUGUACAGCUUCUGGGCUGCGUUCCAUAGUGUCAACUGUAAAUAUGCAUCUUGCAGCAUUAAGAAACUUGAAUGAAAAAGUUGAGUUCUGGGAUACUAUAUUGGUCAAUAUAUUGUCUAGGAAGAUUGAUUCCUACACUUAUCGUGGAUUUCAUCUUGAGCGUGAUAUGAAAGAGGUUCCUAACUUGUGUGAAUUGCUUACUUUCCUAGAAAAAAGAGCAAUUGCGUUGGAAGCCACAAUGACGGAAGAGCCGAAGAAGCCGGUGAAAUCUGUUGUGAGUGCAGCAGCUGCCACUGGAGUCUCAUGCGUUCCAGUAUGUGUGCCGGCAGCUGACAUCUGUGGGUCCAUAUUUGGUGAAGACGAGGUUCGGUCAUAUUGUAGGCGGGGCGCUGCCCUUCCCUGCUGGCAAGAAGUCUAUAAGUAACUAUUGUGUUACAUCUAAAGGUAAUCCUAUUGAUUUUAAUGUAGCUAGGGAUGAUUUCCAGCCACCUUUCCCAUGUGUUAA